AUGGCAUGGCCACUCACGCGUUCCAAAUUCCUUCCAAAGUUGGAUUGUCUCCAACCACUUCGACUCUGGCCGUCACCACCUCCUGCGACCAUGGAAGAAGAUCACUGGAAGGCCUUCGAGAGGAGCGCCAAUGCGUACUGGAGCGCCGCCGUCGAACCGCGUCUGGAGCAUGCUAGUCAUCUCACCAGUUCUCACCAUGUCCACAACCCACAAGAGCGCGAAAAUGCUCAACAAAUGAGCAAAACUCUCGACCUGGAGUACAAGGCCAUCCAGCGCGCCUCUUCGCGUAUUGCCACCUUGCGCAAUCUGGUUACUCCCAUCUGUGCCCUUCCGUCCGAGCUCAUAUCCCAUAUUUUCUCGUUCUGCAUCGUCCACGAGCCUCCUGGUACAGCGUCGAGGGAAAUUACGGUGCCAGGAUACCUAUCGUCCCAAGUGAUACAACGGCGGACACUUACAAGUCACCGGCUUGGAUGGAUCAAGGUGACCCAAGUGUGUAGACACUGGAGGGAGGUCGCUCUCGAGGACCCUAUGUUAUGGACCACGAUUUGUUUCCCCCUCGGGAAGAAGUGGAUUCGUGAGAUGUUGAGUAGAGCUAGGGAUGCGCCCCUCAUCAUCAAUGAUGGAGCUGAUCCUGAUGACUUCUAUGACGACGACUCGGAAGAAGACGAGACUGCAGCGGGCCAUGAUGUGAGGAUGCUUAUAGCAAAGCAUCUAUCGCAUAUCCGAGACUUGAAGUGGGUGGCGGGGGGGAUGAAGAUUGACAGGGUAUUGGCCAAGACCCUCAAGCAUCCUGCGCCAUUACUCGAACGCGUCAAACUGACGGCACCCGCCUACUUCGAUUCCCCCGCAGACCUAUCCACCGUUCCUUCCUGCGUUUUCUCCCGAUCAGCGCCCCGUCUUCGCCACUUAAGCCUCUACGGCUUCGCAUGGAUUGAGAAAUCCCCGUCCAUCCAUAAUCUCACACAUUUCAACAUAGGCUACUACCCGCCAGGCUCAAAAGAAACCACGGGAAACGUUUGCCACGUUCCUUUCACCAACUUCCUCGAUACGCUAGGACAUAUGCCUAACCUUCAGGAGCUCCUCAUCCACGAUAUUGCUCCGUCAACGCCUUCUCAAUCUGAAGUUGGCCGCAUCAUCACUCUCCCUCAUCUGAAGGUACUCUCCUUAAGUGGUGAAGCAGCCGAUUCCAUCAUCAUCCUAGAACACCUUCGAUUUCCUUCCCUAGGUCGAUUUGAGCUUGUAUGCGGUAAUCCCACUACACCCUUCAACUCAUUUGGGCCCCUGUUCCAGCUGCUGGAAACCCACAUCCGUACACCAGCUUUCGAGCCCCUGCGCACGCUCGGCAUACAUUAUCGUGCUCGCCACUUCAACAUCCGCGCCUGGCCGUUAUCAACGGUCUUACCCAGCGGUAGUCCAAAGUUCACGUACACUCGGCACGACUCAUCAUCGGAGUCAGGAGAGUCCUCACCUCUCAAUUCCACCGUCCGACAAGGAUUGUCAGACAAUCCCCCACCCCCCAUCCUACGCCUCGCCUUGCAUUGGAAGAAGACCGAGGAAUACUCUGCUCUCAGGAUGCUGGAGGGCGUGGUACCGAGGCUGAACUUAACUCAGCUGCAGACGCUGAGCAUUUCGGAUGAAGAAUUGGAGGAUAGGAUCGACGCGGAUUGGAACACGGAGAGGUGUGUGAGGUUAUGGCGGGCUGCGGGAGAUGUGAAACAUCUCAGCGUCUCGUGCUCAAACCCCAUCGCUGUGUUCAUGACACAGGCACUCGUCGGCAAUGUACCCAUCAUUGAUAGAAGCAAUCCUUCGAUGCCGCCGGAUGACCAGUUCAUAUUCCCCAAGUUAACGACGCUGGACUACAAUAACAUUGAUUGUCUGAAAAGGCGCGCUCGGCAUCCGCUUUCCUUCCGACAACUUCUCCCAUUCGUCAUUCAGGCUCGGAAAUCCAAGUCUGCGCUCGAGAAGAGAAUACCGCCUAUCAGAUACCUGUCCAUUGACCUUCUCGAGAAUGAGGAAGUCGUGAACUGGUAUUGGGAAAAGAAGCUCGAGUCUAUGGUGGACAAGGUGGUCAUAGAGGUGGAAGAGUACAGCCAUCUAUGGCGAAAUGGGCUAGCAUGCCGAAAUGGGCUAAACGGCCACAGCUCCUCACUCCCCGCAUGAAACCUCUCGGAGUUUUUUGGUGCUUUUAACUGUACAUCUCAUUCAUGCUCCCGAAU